CUGGGAGAGCGGCCUUAGCAACGGUUCCCUGGUCCGAAAGGCUGCGGCUGCGCAGUGCACAGGCGGGUGAAGGUCUGGCCAAGGGAGCAGCUGGGCACAUGGCAUCCAGCUGUGGCACAAGUUCAGACUCAUGGAAUAAAAGAGCAGAAAAAAUUGAACUGAAUGAAAUUCAAAAGCAAGAGAUUAAAGAGAUCUUCGAUCUAUUCGAUGUCAACGGGUCUGGCAGCAUGGAUCUGAAACAACUGAAGGUUGCAAUGCAGGCCUUAGGAUUUGAACCAACAAAAGAAGAAAUUAAAGAACUGAUAGCUGAGGUCGACAAGGGAGGACUUGGCACCAUUAGUUUUGAAGACUUUUUUGCUUUUAUCAGUGUAAAAAUGAGUGAAAAGGAUGAAAAGGAAGAAAUAUUAAAAGCUUUCAAGUUAUUUGAUGACGAUGAUACUGGGUGCAUAACACUCAACAAUAUCAAGAGAGUUGCCAAGGAACUAGGGGAAAACUUAACAGAUGAUGAACUUCAAGAAAUGCUUGAUGAAGCAGACAAAGAUAGAGAUGGAGGAAUAAAUGAAGAAGAAUUUUUGAAAAUGAUGAAAAAGACCUCUCUUUAUUAAUAUUGCUCUUUCUGGAGAGUUGUCAACAAAUUUGUAUUUAUUGUAUAGUUUAAUGAUUCAAUAUCUCAUGUAUUCAUUCUCAAGUUUUAGUUUAUACAUGUAACUUCAUCUCUUGAUGUCCAUCCAGUCCAUGUGAGAAGUUGUAUAUAUAAACUAAUAUGUUAUUACAUCUGUAACAUUGAGAAACAAACAAAAAAAAAUAAGAGCUUCUUUGAACCAUGAAUCUAAGAACAGUAUUAAUUGUUAUUUUAAAGCUGCAGAAUCUAAAAGGCUUAAGAACUUUUAACAGGCUUAAUGAAAUUACCCUCAAAUCCAAAUGAAGUUAACAAGUAAACUGUCACUUUGUUUUUUGGUACAAUUAAAAAUAAUGAGCAUUGUUUUACAGUCAUUUUUCAAAUAUGUAAAGUGUUAAAUAAAAUCAAUGCAAAAUUA